GUUAAAUACGGCUGGAAGCCAUCUUGAUCGAGACUCUUUCGUAGUCAGCUAAAAAAAUUGAGUACACCUUACAAACACCGCAUACGGAACCGGUUAUUCCAAGUUAACCCAGGGUUGGACGAAUGUGAGGAAGGACACACAGCGGCUCAGUGAUGGCUAGCUGAACCGCCGGCCUAAGCCCUCUUGCUGUAUCGUGUUCCAGAUAACAUUGGCAGGUUAAAUCUAUGCUAAGCCCUCAUUUAAUUUCCAUGUUUAGACGUCUUAUAAAAGCAGAAAAAAGGAAUUUGUUUCUGGACACUUGAUGUCCGAGCAGGUAUAUUUGCUGCGUAGCGAGUUAUUGACGAUUUAAGUUUAGCUAAUAUAUUAACAAAAAUAAAUAAAUAGAUACGAGGGCGAACCUGAGUUUUGAGUGGUCCCAGCAGCGUGGGCUCGCAUAAUCCAGACACUGUUGGAAGGUUUCAUAUAGAAACAGAAAAGUGACAAACACACAUAACGAACAUGAGCACCGCCAGGACAGAGAAUCCAGUGAUUAUGGGCCUGUCCACCCAAAACGGACAGCUCAGAGGCUCCGUGAAGCCUGCAGGGGCCCCAGGUGGAGGCGGAGGGGGCCCUCAACAGCAGCCGUUUUCCCAGAUGAAAGGCACAAUCAACAACGGAAGCUCCCAGCCAGCCCCGACUACAAACGCUGUCAUCAAACCUGGAGAUGACUGGAAGAAAAAUCUAAAAUUGCCCCCAAAGGACAUGAGGAUGAAAACUUCGGAUGUGACUGCAACUAAAGGCAACGAGUUUGAGGAUUAUUGCCUAAAGAGGGAGCUGCUCAUGGGAAUUUUCGAGAUGGGCUGGGAAAAGCCAUCUCCAAUUCAGGAGGAAAGCAUUCCCAUUGCACUGUCUGGAAGGGAUAUUUUGGCCAGAGCCAAGAAUGGCACGGGGAAGAGUGGAGCCUACCUCAUUCCCUUACUUGAACGCAUUGACCUGAAGAAGGACUGCAUACAAGCUGUGGUCAUAGUACCCACCAGAGAGCUGGCUCUGCAAGUAAGCCAAAUAUGUAUCCAGGUCAGCAAACACAUGGGCGGAGUGAAGGUGAUGGCAACCACAGGUGGAACCAACCUUCGUGACGACAUCAUGAGACUCGAUGAAACGGUACAUGUGAUCAUUGCAACCCCUGGAAGGAUUCUUGACCUCAUAAAGAAAGGAGUGGCCAAAGUCAAUCAAGUGCAGAUGAUUGUUCUGGAUGAAGCUGACAAACUCCUGUCUCAGGACUUUGUGGUGAUGAUGGAGGAGAUACUGGGCUUCCUCCCCAAACAGAGGCAGAUCUUGCUCUAUUCUGCAACCUUUCCCCUCAGUGUGCAGAAGUUUAUGAAUGCGCACCUGCAGAAACCCUAUGAGAUCAACCUAAUGGAGGAGCUUACACUGAAGGGUGUGACUCAGUAUUACGCUUACGUAACCGAAAGGCAAAAAGUCCAUUGCCUUAACACCUUGUUUUCCAGGCUCCAGAUCAACCAGUCUAUUAUCUUCUGCAACUCCUCUCAGAGAGUGGAGCUCCUUGCCAAGAAGAUCUCGCAGCUUGGAUAUUCAUGUUUCUACAUUCACGCCAAGAUGAGACAGGAGCAUCGCAACCGUGUGUUCCACGACUUCAGAAAUGGCCUCUGCCGGAAUCUUGUCUGCACUGACCUCUUCACAAGGGGAAUUGACAUUCAAGCUGUGAAUGUUGUGAUCAACUUUGAUUUUCCCAAGCUGGGAGAAACGUACCUUCACCGCAUUGGUCGAUCCGGCCGCUUUGGACACCUGGGUCUCGCCAUCAACCUCAUCACAUAUGACGAUCGCUUCAACCUGAAAGCGAUCGAGGAGCAGCUGGGAACAGAGAUCAAGCCGAUCCCCGGCAUCAUCGACAAGAGCCUAUACGUGGCAGAGUACCACAGCGAGAGCGGUGAAGAAGUCAAGCCAUGAGCUAAUAAGUCCAUCCUUCGCUCCCCACUUCUAUCCUGUUUUCAUCCCCCGACUGUCUUGGAUUUUUUUCCCCCUGUUUUUUUUUUUUUUUUUUUUCUUCCCCCCAUGUACAGUUUCUGUCUGUCUUCCUUUUUGGGAUGCCACCAUUAGGAAUGUGUUUCGAUGGACAAUUUGGAAGAACUCAUCUGCCUUUGUGUAAGGCCUGUGCUGCACCACCGCGCACUGAAGACACAUUAAGCACUGCGAGGAAAGAAUGGGACCAAGUCGAAAACGAUCAAUUCAUAUCCACCACCGACACCAAGCCAGCAUCAACAGACCCAGAUGUGACACCCUCCAUUCUCCACGCUUUAUUUUGGGAAUUUUAACAGAUUUGUAUCAAGUGCCUUAACAAGCAGUUAGUCAUUCUAAAGUAAUAACCCUGCACCGCCCUCCAUCUUCGCUCACGUCACACACACACACACACACACACACACACACGCACACACAUACACACACACACUCAUAUUCAUCUAAUUGAAAAAUUUGUUACACUAAUUUAAUGUCUGACCAAAUAGGUGAAUUCAUAACUGUUCUUUGGUUGGAUCAUCCGUCUGCAAGGAAAAGGAGAAAAUUUGGAGGAAGGCUGGUCUGAAUAAUCUUUGUUCCUGUUUUUGUUUGUUUUUCCCCCCAUGCUGGCUUAGCCGAACUCGAGUCUGGCUGAUAAAUGAGGACAAACUUGGAUUUUUCCAUGGACAGCGAUGCUGGAUUUUUUUCCAAGACACAGCCAGACCGUCCACUUGCUUGUGAAGAAGCGUUUGCUUCUCAGAGACCCAGAACCCUUUCCUCCGUCUUCAGCAGCAGAACACUAAAGAUUGAGAAGCAGCCUUGCAACACCAUGAGUCAUGAGGAUUCCUGUUUGGUGGAGUUUACUUGGAGAGAAAGCUUCCUCUUUUAUUCCCCCCCCCCUUUAAUUUUUUUUUUUGUUGUUGUCCUGUGUUUCACCUUCCUAUGGAUGGCCAUACUUGCUUCAGUGAGACGUGCAGCAGUGUGCUGCGCCUUUCACCUUGUGUAUAUACCUUCAUUUUAAGAUUGUUUUAAAACAAGUUCAAAAAGCUGGCUGACAAACUGAAAAGCUGCCUGCCCCUUCUCUCUUGUUAGCACUGGAGUCUGUUUCCUCCACGGCCAGUUGCUUUGAUCUCUCGUAUCGGCCCGUGACUUUAUUUAUAAUUUUUAGAAAAUUUCAGAAUUUAUUAGAAAUUCAAACACUUCGAGUGACUUUGUUCAUGGGGUGUGUUCACUGAUAAUCUUUUAUCCCCUUCAGAUUUGAUGGCGAGUGCAAUUCUCUGAAGGUGCACUUAAGCAGAGAUGGUUUAAAUUGUCCCUCCCCUCUUCCUCCUGCUACCAGUGUUAACAAGCGUCGAGUCCCGACAGAUGGCUUUUUUUUAAGCUUGUGCAUUUGAGUAAUGAAUUCUUUGUUGUCACCAGCCUUAACUUGUGAAACGGACUCUCGAGGCACUCUAAAGAUCUCCAGUCAUAACGAGUGCUGGUGUUGGAAGAGAAAAUAAUAUUCUAUCCUGUAGUAGUACUACUUGCUGCAGUGCAGCUGAAUUGGCAGAUAAUUUGUUUUGGGGGGAGGUACUAGCUGUUACGUUGAUUUAUGCCCUUGUUAAGCACAGCUACAUUACUUCCUAAUGCUGAGGGGUAGGGAGGGCGGGGGGUUGUUUUAUUUUCUUGAAGAAUGUUGGCCGAACGCAUCAAAAUGAACCAUCUGACCUAAAAUGUAGCAGGAAUUCAUUCUCUGUGCGCGGCGUUGCUUGAAGAAAGCAGCCGACAGAGGAAGCUUCUCUAAAACCCGGCCUGAGCAGGUCGGGCUGCGCUCGGCAGAGAGAUGGGUUCAGGCCGCGGCGCAGACCGCACGGCUUCUCCUGCACUCAUCUCGGUGCAGCACCCAGCGGGAGCGGGGAUGAAGGCUUAAGUUUAAAAUUGGGUUUAGAAAAGAAAAAAAGACAAGGGCAACUCAGCUAGCAGAGUUCUUGGUGUUUAUCUCUGCCCUUUACUGCUUUCUAGGUUUGGGGUUUUGUGGGAUACUUUUUUUUUUGCAUUUAUGUGUGCAACAAUCUCAUUUGCAUGAAGGUUCGCUGAUGGUCUCAUCAGUCAGCCAGAGCCUUUUUGCACGAGAGGUUCCCUUUUCACUGCGGUGAGAUGCUCUCCUGACUGUUCUGAUCAGUGAGAAGUACAGUCGCACAUGUAAACCUCAAAAUUAUCUUUCAUUAGGCGACGUCCGUAUUUCUCGUUGGUUAGGACCGAUCCCUGUUCUCAUACUCGUCCUCAAACUAAUUGCACAUCUUAUUCGAUAAUCGGGCUGUUAUGGCUUCGUUUAUUUUUUUAUUUUUAUUUUUUUUUUGGGGUGGGAGGGAGAUUAUUUAUUUGAAAACUUGUUAAAUUAAGCAUUAGUUAGAUGAACAGGGAUCCAAACGCAGGCACAUGGCAGCUGUCUGUUUCUUGUCAGCGCCCUGGCAGUAAUGGCUGCAGCGGAGGAGAGUGUGUGAGCCGAGCUGGUGUGAGAUGGGAGUGUGUGGGACGCAGCCUUACUGCCAGCGCCUGUCGCCGGGGAACGCCGUAAAGACUGAGACAAGAGCAUCUCGCCCUCGACCGGGUGACAAAUUGGCCAACUCUGACAAAAUUGUCUCACUCUUUAAGGUUUAUUUUUUAUUUCAAAAUUUGCGGGGUGGUUGAAUUUGUGGAUUUGCUGCCCUGAUGCACCUGUUGAUUCUCUUGACGCUUGUGACCCAAUUAGAACAUUACUCAUGUGCAAUUUGGCUGUCGGGUCACCUUUCCGUCAAGAGAGCGCGAGAGGAGUCCUUUUUAGGAUUCCUGUCGAAGCAGGUGCAUCAGAAAAGAACGAGGGAGGGAACCUGUAAGCACUUCGAAAACGGGAUGCUAUGAUCUAAAGAUCCAGAGUUUGGUUAUGGGUAUGAAAAUGGUUCAAAAGCAUUACCCUUAGAAACUUUUCUUUUUUUGUUCCAGAUGUAAUGUUAAAAACGGAGCACAACUUAAAAGUCUCCUAAUUUAAGUGAAGAAUUUAAAGCUUGAGUUAAUUUUCUUAGACAUUUGGUUCUUCAAUUGGCAGAUUUUCAGUGAAGCUCAUUUUAAAAACCGAGUUUAAAAAAACAAACUGUCUCGAAUAUUAUUGGAUACUGGAUUGGAAUCAAAGUUUUGUUGGAAAAUAAAGCUCACUGAAAUUUA